GCAUUUGGUCUUCUCGGGAGGGAGCAUCCUUCCAAUUGUUUGGCCUGGAAUCUCCACCGGUUCCAUUUUGCGACAAUGAUCGAGAAGUUGUGGAGAGCGCCAGAGUCUCCAAGGCGGAGGCUUGUGAAGAUGAAGUAAAAGCAUAAGCGACAGACGUCGAAAGCCAUGCACGCGUCCCGAUUCUGUUGCGAACUGUCAACAGUUUCAAGAACUGGGUCGAACAGGGCAAACGAUGUUUCUUACUUGUGGCUUGGCUUGGCCUAUGACGUCCGACUGAUCGUCAUAAUGAGCACGCGUCUCGAAAUCCAUAGGUUGUUUAUCUAGGACUCCGCACCUGAGCCGCACUUCUACACUACCACACGACCGUCGAGAUGUCUUCCUGCUUCGGUUUCCGCAAAAGCGAUGAUGAUCAUCAACCGCUGCUCCCCCAGUAUCGCGAUGAUACGGUCCUGCAGAGGGAGGUCCACCAAAAGCUGCAUUCGUACCAGAUGAUACGUGCGCUGGGCAAAGGUUUCAUGCCCUCCAAUGAGCAAGCUACCAUCAAUCUACGGAGCUUGCUGGCCGCAGACAUCCUCAAUCCCGAGAACUCCGAUCUGAGCGACUCUGGGCGUUUGCUCGUGAAGUUCACAAAGCAGUGGCUCCACCAAUUCAUCGAUCUUCUGCAGCACAAGAACAGCGAAGACCAGAUUCAGGAUUUCCUUUGGUACUUGUCCAAGUCAAGGGUCUCAGUAGACGUGGAGGACAUUGCACGUCGCACAGUCCGGUCAAAGGCAAAGGCAGACGCAACCGCAGCCUACUCAAGCCUGCAGACCGUGGGAUCUUUACUACUCACAAACUCAGAUUUCCGCGUCUUUCUGGGUGACCUAAACGUCAUCGGCCGCGAAGUUUUCAAAGACUCUGCUUUCACGCUAUCAGAAGUGGCAAAGAAAGCUGGAGAGCAAAUUGAACCUUCAGAAGCAACACAAGUAGCAUUGAAGGAGCCGGGUGCGGAUGCCAGCAUCGUUACACCAUCUGCCGGAGACCUCAAUGGCGACGUCGCUGAAGUUGCUCAGGUUGUUGGUUCGGGCACGGUCCAGGUGCUCAAAGAGGCGGAGCACAGUCUGGAGGAUAAGCUGACCGGAGCAGAGGGCGACUCUUUGCUGUUCCGGUUGAAGAAGACGGUCACGAACUUGAGGCAGAAGCGGGACUACUCCGACUCUGUUUCGACGCUGGCCUUGCUCCUUCAACGAUAUGCCAAAGCCUACUCUCGCAUGGCAGAGGACGCCAUCACCACUGUUCAGGAAGACGUUGACACGAACCCAGCUAUGGACAGGGCAGCCAAGAACUUUUGGACAUUCUUGAGCUCUUUCGGUGACAACGGGGAAUGGAAGAAACUCGAAACUUCCUUCCACAAAGUCCUGGAGCACUCGAGGAAGGACCCUGAAUUUGAGGAUCUCCUCACCGAUAUUGGCAACUCGCUUCAGAAGCUGUUGACUGACCCCGACUUCCUCGACCAUGUAGACGAGAAGUUCCAAGAGCUCCGCAAGAAGUCUCGUGGCGUAGGUACCGAUUCUUCACUCCGCAAAGAUGUUGACGAGUUUUUCGGACAAGCUCAAAAGACUUUUGUUGCUGUGAUGCACGAUCAGGAUAUUGCGAAACUCAUCAAGACGUCUUUGAAUCUCUGGACCAUCCUUUCUCCCCGAUACGCUUAUGCCAACAGCGAGCUGAUCCAAGAUGCCAUCAACGUCUUCGUUCCCCUCGGAAUCCAGAUGAUCCAAUACAUUCCGAUCCCCCGCCUGGAAAUCUCGACUCCUGAGAUUGACAUUCUUCUUGAGAAUCUCAUCUUCGAGCCCGGAAAGACUGUGAACCACACGUCGUUCCUUCCCUUCCGCUUCAAGGUAGAGACGUACAACGACUUUGAACUCCGCAAGGCUCGUUUCCGUGUCGCGUCCAAGGUGACAUCGAAAUUCACCAUCAAGAUUGACGGGCUUUCGUUCCGCGCCGACGAGAUCGGUUUCCUCAUGCGCGCACACAAGGGCCUUCUACGCCUCGCAGAUGAAGGUAUUGCGUCCAUUCAACUCGACGAACGCGGUAUCGACAUCCAUCUCGACGUCGAGAUCGCAAAGGAGCGCCAGGAGCAGAUUCUCACCCUGCGCGAUGUCCGCGUGCACAUCCACAAGCUCUCCUACACUCUGCGUAAAUCGAAGUUCAGUCUCUUUGGAUGGUUGCUCAAGCCCCUACUUCGCCCCAUCAUCCGCAAGGUCAUGGAGAAGCAGUUGGCGACGGCUAUCGCAGAUGGUAUUCAUGCCGCCAACCGUGAAUUACUCUUCGCACGGGAGAGGCUACGAGCUACUAGGAUCUCUGAUCCUGAUGAUCUCAAGACGUUCUUCAAGGCCAUCAUGACUCGCCUGACGCCUGAGGAUGACCCUGAUCUGUACACGAGGGUCGGUGUUGCGGAGCCGGGCAAGGGUGUCUUCAAGGGCAAGUAUGCGCCUGGUAGUGUGGUCAAGCUCUGGGAAGAGGAGGGCGCUCGCGCUUCGGAGAGAAUCGAUGACUGGGACGAGGGUGGCUGGAGGAACGACGUGUUCGACCUGCACACCAUGAUGCUUUGAGGGACGAGUUUGUUUCGAAUAUCGAGAUUUCCUUGCUUGGGAACAAUGGGACAAAAGGGCGUUUUGCAAUGAUAUGGAUUUCGGUUCUCGAUCGCCAGCACGCAGUACAUGAUACCUCAAAUUGUAGUUCAGAUAGCAACAUAAUGUCUCAAUGAAUAUAACAUCUGCAAUAUCUGUCUCAAA